GCACCCAGAGCCGUGUUUCCGGUUACCUGGCACUCCCCAGGCGGAGCCCUCCAGGAUAGGCGCUUGCUGUUUCAUGUCCAGCGGUGACCAGGCAUUGAUGCACCCCCAGGAAGGCCACGCGCUCAGGAGGCCCCCCCUCCGCUGGCUGCUGCUCACAUGGUGUCUGGGCCCUUGGCACUCCGAUGACUCUCAGCACAUCCCAUCACCUUCACCUUUGAGGUUUAUCCAGGAUCUGACAAGUCCCAGCAUCCCAGCUGCUGCCCCCUGGCCUGGCCUCCUGCUCCCCAACCCCAGGAAUCUUCCCCUUCUCCACAUGCGGUUGGCGCAAGCCGAGGGGAAUCAGAGCCCCCCUACAGACUCGAAGUUCAUGUGGGAGAUGGCAGGGGCCUGGCACAUGACGGUGGAGCAGAAAUUUGGCCUGUUUUCUGCUGAGAUAAAGGAAGCAGACCCCCUGGCUGCCUCGGAAGCGAGUCAACCCAAACCCUGUCCCCCCGAAGUGACCCCCCACUACAUCUGGAUCGACUUCCUGGUGCAGCGGUUUGAGAUCGCCAAGUACUGCAGCUCUGACCAAGUGGAGAUCUUCUCCAGCCUGCUGCAGCGCUCCAUGUCCCUGAACAUCGGCGGGGCCAAGGGGAGCAUGAACCGGCACGUGGCGGCCAUCGGGCCCCACUUCAAGCUGCUGACCCUGGGGCUGUCCCUCCUGCAUGCCAACGUGGUUCCAAAUGCAACCAUCCGCAAUGUGCUUCGUGAGAAGAUCUACUCCACUGCCUUUGACUACUUCAGCUGUCCCCCAAAGUUCCCUACUCAAGGAGAGAAGCGGCUGUGUGAAGACAUAAGCAUCAUGAUUAAAUUUUGGACCGCCAUGUUCUCAGAUAAGAAGUACCUGACCGCCAGCCAGCUUGUUCCCCCAGCUGACAUCGGCAACCUCCUGGAGCAGUUAGUAGAGGAGAUCACAGGCUCCUUGUCGGGCCCAGCGAAGGACUUUUACCAGCGGGAGUUUGAUUUCUUUAACAAGAUCACCAACGUGUCGGCUAUCAUCAAGCCCUACCCUAAAGGCGACGAGAGAAAGAAGGCUUGUCUGUCGGCCCUGUCUGAAGUGAAGGUGCAGCCGGGUGACUGCUACCUGCCCAGCAACCCCAAGGCCAUUGUGCUGGACAUCGACUACAAGUCUGGGACCCCGAUGCAGAGUGCUGCAAAAGCCCCAUAUCUGGCCAAGUUCAAGGUGAAGCGAUGUGGAGUUAGUGAACUUGAAAAAGAAGGUCUGCGGUGCCGCUCAGACUCCGAGGAUGAGUGCAGCACGCAGGAGGCCGACGGCCAGAAGAUCUCCUGGCAGGCAGCCAUCUUCAAAGUGGGAGACGACUGCCGGCAGGACAUGCUGGCCCUGCAGAUCAUCGACCUCUUCAAGAACAUCUUCCAGCUGGUCGGCCUGGACCUCUUUGUUUUUCCCUACCGCGUGGUGGCCACUGCCCCUGGGUGCGGGGUGAUCGAGUGCAUUCCCGACUGCACCUCCCGGGACCAGCUGGGCCGCCAGACAGACUUCGGCAUGUACGACUACUUCACACGCCAGUACGGGGAUGAGUCCACCCUGGCCUUCCAGCAGGCCCGCUACAACUUCAUCCGAAGCGUGGCCACCUACAGCCUCCUGCUGUUCCUGCUGCAGAUCAAGGACAGACACAACGGCAACAUUAUGCUGGACAAGAAGGGCCAUAUCAUCCACAUCGACUUCGGCUUCAUGUUUGAAAGCUCGCCGGGCGGCAAUCUCGGCUGGGAACCCGACAUCAAGCUGACGGAUGAGAUGGUGAUGAUCAUGGGGGGCAAGAUGGAGGCCACACCCUUCAAGUGGUUCAUGGAGAUGUGUGUCGAGGCUACCUGGCUGUGCGGUGAGCCUGGGCCCUACAUGGACGCGGUCGUCUCCCUGGUCACUCUCAUGUUGGACACGGGCCUGCCCUGUUUUCGCGGCCAGACAAUCAAGCUCUUGAAGCACAGGUUUAGCCCCAACAUGACUGAGCGCGAGGCUGCAAAUUUCAUCAUGAAGGUCAUCCAGAGCUGCUUCCUCAGCAACAGGAGCCGGACGUACGACAUGAUCCAGUACUAUCAGAAUGACAUCCCCUACUGAGGAGGGGACCUCCAAGGCCCUCUGCCCCAUGUGCCCUCGAAGCUGCCCCACAAUCAUGGAGCCCUGCGACCUCCCCGCCCUGCCGCCACAUGCAGUGGAGGAGAGGCCUGUGGCCCGAAGAGCCUGGUAGCGCCUCCUGGGGCAGCACGUGGGUGGCACAGCCUUGGUAAUGCCAUGGACUGCAGCGACAAUCAUUGGAUGGUGCUGUCUAUGCACAGGUGUGAGUCCUCUGUUUGCACUGGACAUAUUCCCUACCUGUCUUAUUUCAUAGGUACGUGAAGUAUUUUCUUGUGUAUAAAAAAAGAGAUAAGAUUUAACCAACAUCAACAAAAUAAAAACCCAAAAUAGUGCUGUGUUGGAA